GCACAAUCCCUACUUGAAGUGCCCCCCGACUCGGAAUCAGUCCAGAGAUCACCGUCGCCGCCAUGGGUCUUACGCUGUCCAGCGAGCGCCGCCCGGUCUUCUACUUUAUCGGCGACUCCAUCACCGAGCAUGGCAGCGAUCCGGGCAAGACCGGCUUCAUCACUAUCCUGCAGAACCACUAUGUGCGCUCAGUCGAUUGUGUCAACCGCGGACUCUCGGGCUACAACACCAAGUGGGUGCUGAACCACGCUAUGCCUAUAUACUCCAAGGAGCUACAGUCCGAGUACUCUGCAUCGUUCAUCACGGUCUUCCUGGGAGCCAAUGACGCUGUACUCGAGCAUGGACCCUCCAAAGCGCAGUAUGUAUCACUAAAGGACUACCGUGCCAAUCUGCAGAAGAUCCUACACACUGUACGACCGCUACUGGCCCCUCACGGCCAGGUGUUGCUGAUCACUCCACCGUGUAUCAUUGACUCGGAACAUCACGGGGAUCGCUCCAACGCUUCCGCUGGGAAAUACGCCAAAGUGUGCGUCGAACUGGCCGCAGCCGAGAAUGUCCAUGUCCUGGAUCUGCACACGUACUUCAACACGACGUUUCCGGACGAGAAGGUUCGUAAGACCUACUUUGUGGAUGGCCUGCACUUCUCCGAGAAGGGCAACAAAGAAGUCGGCAAACUACUGGGUGUGGCCAUCAACGGUAUGUUUGACAAAGAAGAUCUCGACCGCUUCAACAAAUGGCAGCUGCCAGACUGGCACGACUUGGUGCCUCACCAAGAUGGCAUGCAGGAGUGCGAGGAGACUGCUUAAUGCUGAGCAUCGGGUAUGAAACUGAGCAGUUGUUUUCCAGCAACCACGCCAAUAAAUAUGCGUGCCAAGUGCAUUGUACGUCUUUAGCGACCCGCACAAAUUGAUUUUUAGCGUCUAGCGAAAGGAAGUACAUGUAUCUGGCAAACACUCGGUCGGUGCUUUCACUUUGACCCGAGAAGCAAUUCGGUCUUCACGUACGUGCUGCGAAAUCUGUGGAUGUUGGAAUGACUUUGGAUAUCUAGAUAUCAAGAAUCCAAGGUAUUGACGAGGCAGGUUGCACAGCCGA